UGCACAUCCUGACAAAAAAUAACAACACAUACUACCUACGACCAUGGCGGCAGUCAGCAGUGGAAUCGACUACACACACCCAGAUCUGCAGCAGGAAUUGGAGGUGCGCGACACCGUCUACAACCGCAUAUCCGAAUAUCUGAAACUGAAGACGCACAUCCAGACAAUACGAGACAACGGGCUCGAGGAGCUCGAUACCAAGGUUGACCUGGGAUCCAACUUUUAUGCGAAGGCGCAUGUGCCUGACACAUCACACAUCUAUGUCAAUGUGGGAUUUGGAUUCCACUUGCAAAUGACACUGGCUGAGGCAGACUCAUUCAUCGACGAGAAGGUCAAGCAUAUGGAAAAGCUUGCCGACAAGCAUACAGAGGAAGCCAACUCGAUCCGGGCAAAGAUUAAGAUGGUCUACGGGGCACUGAUGCAAGCGAUGAACCUCACUGACCAGUAGGGCGGGAAUGGGCAUCUGCCAGCCGUGCUUUAUAUGACAUAGUGCUCCAAAAUAAAUGCAUGCGACACUCCCGAGUUUAUUCGGCGUCACUAGCCAGCAGCUUCGUUUGCAGACCACCUACAGCGGAAUUGGUGGGACCGGCUGCCUCGCCCUUGA